AUGUACACAAGCACUUGCCCUGUACUCGGGAAGAGCCCCAGUCCGCCUAUACUCACCACCACCACCAUCACACACUGUACACGCAGCCACGACACAUCAGAUAACGAAGGCACCCAACAGCACGCAACAGUGCGAGACUUACUAGAAGAGGUCUAUCGCAAAGCAG